AUGGCAAGGCUUUCAUCAAUCGUGUUUAUAAUAUGCCUUUUAUUAUGUAACAAUGUUAUAUCGGACGAUGUAAUUGACGGUUCCCCUUCAGAGGUCGAUUUACCUACUGGAGGUGAAGAUGGCGAAGGAAUAAAUGGUGAUAGUGAUUCAACUGAUCAUGUACAAGAAAAUCUUACUAAUGAUCAAGGUAGUGGUUCAACAGAUGGCCAAGUUUCUGACACAAAUCCAAAAGAACCAGCACCAACUACCCCCAAAGAACCAGCACCAACUACCCCCAAAGAACCCGAACCAACUACUCCAAAAGAACCUGAACCAACAACUCCAAAAGAACCUGAACCAACAACUCCAAAAGAACCAACACAAAAUGAAGAUGUCCCUACAGUAAUAACCGAAGAAGAUUCAGGACCAUCGGCAGAAGAGCCAACAGAACAAGAAUCACUAACAGCAUCAUCAAAAGAUUUACCACCAGCAUCAUCAGAAGAUUUACCACCAACAUCCACCGUUUCACAAGAAACCACAGACCUAAAUACACAAACACAAGAAAAAUCAAACCAAAGGUCUAAACGAUCCACACCAACUGAAGUACCAGCAGUAAAAAAAGUUAAUGAUAUAACAGAUAUGGAAUCAUAUUUAAUGAAAAAUUAUGAUGGUGUAAAAGUUAUAGGUUUAUGUGGUGUAUAUUUUAGAGUCCAAUUUUCUCCACAUUUGUUAUUAUAUGGUUUAACAAAAUAUUCGAUAAUUCAAAUCGAGCCAUUUUUUGAAAGAGGAAGAAUCGACUUUGAACAUCAACAUCCUAUAAAAAAUAAAUGUGCACCAGGAAAAGCUUUUGCAUUUAUUUCUUAUGUUAAAGAUAAUAUACUUACACUUAAAUGGAAAGUAUUUACUCCACCAUCUGAUUUAUUUGCUAAUGAUGCUGUUAGCAAGCAAAUACUUUCUUCUGUUUCUGACGAACCAAGCUCACCCCAAGGUGUAGUAGUCGACGUUAGAAAAUACAGGUUGCCACAAUUGGAUCGUCCAUUUACUUCCAUACAAGUUUAUAAGGCAAACACAAAACAAGGAAUCCUUGAAACUAAAAAUUAUGUAUUAAGAAAUGCUAUUCCAGAAAAAUGCUCUAAAAUUUCUAUGGACUGCUUUUUAAAUGGAAAUGUAAAUAUCGAGAACUGCUACAAAUGCCAAUUGUUAGUACAAAAUGCUAGACCCUCAAAUGAAUGUUUUAAAUAUUUACCAUCUGAUAUGAAAAAUAAAUUAAAUGAUAUAAAAGUAACAGCUCAAAGUGAUGAAGAUAAUAAAGAAAAUGAUUUAAUAGAAUCCAUUGAAAUUUUAUUAAAUAGUUUUUAUAAAGUUGAUCUAAAAACAAAAAAAUUAGGUUUAAUUACAAUGGACGAUUUUGAUGAUGUUCUUAAAGUUGAAUUAUUUAAUUAUUGUAAAUUAUUAAAAGGAUUAGAUACUCAAAAAACUUUAGAUAAUGUUCAAAUGGGUGAUGAGAUGGAUGUAUUUAAUAAUAUGUUACGAUUUUUAAAAACUAAUGAAGGUGAAACUAAAAUUAAUUUAUAUAAAAAAUUAAGAAACACUGCUAUUUGUCUUAAAGAUGUAAAUUCAUGGAGUGAGAAAAAAAGAGGUUUAGUAUUACCUGAAGAAACUAAUGAACCAAUUGCAUCAGCACAAAGCGAAGAAUCUUAUGAAGAAGAUCCAGAUGAUCGAGUAAAUCUUUUAGAUUUAUUUGAUAACGAUCAAGAUGAAGUUGUUGUUGAUAAAGAUGGUAUUAUUGAUAUGUCUUUAGCUAUUAAACAUGCCCAAUUAAAAUCUCCAUAUUUUAAUAGUAGUAGAUAUUGUAAUUAUGAUUAUUGUAAUAGAUGGCAAGAUAAAACUAGCUGUAUAUCUAAUAUAGAUGUAGAAGAACAAGGAAAUUGUUCCCUAUGUUGGUUAUUUGCAUCUAAAUUACAUUUAGAAACUAUUAGAUGCAUGAGAGGAUUUGGUCAUAAUAGAGGUUCAGCACUUUAUGUAGCUAAUUGUUCCGAAAGAACAGCAGACAACGUUUGUGAUGUGGGAUCAAAUCCAAUAGAAUUUUUAAAAAUUUUAGAAAAAAAUAAAUUUUUACCUCUAGAAUCGAAUUUUCCAUAUGUAUGGAAAAAUGUAUCAGAUACAUGCCCAAAACCAGCAAAUAAUUGGACAAACAUAUGGGGAAAUACUAAAUUAUUAUAUAAUAAUAUGUAUGGAGAAUUUAUUCAACAUAGAGGAUUUAUAGCAUAUAAUAGUCGUUAUUUUGCUAAAAAUAUGGAUGUAUUUAUUGAUAUCAUUAAAAGAGAAAUACGUAACAAAGGAUCUGUUAUAGCUUAUAUUAAAACCCGAGAUGUUAUAGAAUAUGAUUUUAACGGUAGAUAUAUAAGUAACAUUUGUGGUCAUAGUCAUCCUGACCAUGCUGUAAAUAUUAUUGGAUAUGGUAAUUAUAUAAGUGAUAAAGGAGAAAAAAGAACUUACUGGUUAAUAAGAAAUAGUUGGGGUUAUUAUUGGGGUCAUGAAGGUAAUUUUAAAGUUGAUGCUUUAGGCCCAGAUAAUUGUUUUCAUAAUUUUAUCCAUACUGUUAUGGUAUUUAAAAUUGAUAUGGAACCUGAUCAUGAUGGAGAUUUCACAGUUAAUGGUCAAUCCAUUGAAGAAAAUAACAAAUCUUAUUUCCCUCAACUCAGUUCAAACUUUUACCAUAGCCUUUAUUACAACAACUACGAAGGACCUGAAAGAAAAAGUGAUGAUGAAAAUGACAAAGAUUAUGACAAUGCAGAUGUUAGUGGUCAAUCUGAAACUUCUGAAAAUGAUUCACAACCUCAAUCUGGUAGUACCGCUACUACCUCAAACCCUGCAACAAUUGAAAAAACUAUCCAAAUACUUCACGUAUUAAAACAUAUAGAAAACUAUAAAAUAUCAAAAGGAUUUGUUAAAUAUGAUAAUCUAAAUGACACUAAAAGCGAUUACGCAUGUGCAAGAUCAUCUUCAAACGAUCCUAAAAAAAUUAAUGAAUGUAAACAAUUCUGUGAGGAAAAUUGGGAGCGAUGUAGAAAUCAUUAUUCUCCAGGAUAUUGCUUGACUACUUUAUCAGGAAAAAGCAACUGUCUUUUCUGUUAUGUAUAA